UCAGAGUUUAGAGAAGAACCUGCAGAGUGACCGAGUCGCUCCCCUGCUGUGCACUUGGUCCCCUGGGGCCAUGCCUGACAAACACUGAGCCUAGCGCCGGCUGCGGGAGGCCGAGGCGCGUACCGCGUCAGCCAUGGGCAGCUUCCAGCUGGAAGACUUCGCGGCAGGCUGGAUCGGAGGUGUAGCCAGUGUCAUUGUUGGCUACCCUCUGGACACAGUCAAGACUCGCCUGCAGGCUGGUGUCGGCUAUGCAAACACCUUCAACUGCAUCCGCAUGGUGUACAAGAGGGAGAGUGUUUUCGGCUUCUUCAAGGGCAUGUCCUUCCCCCUGGCCAGCGUUGCCAUCUAUAACUCGGUGGUGUUCGGGGUCUUCAGCAACACUCAGCGGUUCCUUAGCCAGCACCGCUGUGGGGAACUGGAGGAUUGCCCUGGCCGAAGUCUGUCUGAUCUGCUCCUGGCUAGCAUGGUGACUGGUAUGGUCUCUGUUGGGCUGGGCGGGCCCGUGGACCUCAUCAAGAUCAGACUGCAGAUGCAAACACAGCCAUUUCAGGAAGCCAGCCAUGGAUUGAAGUCCAGGGCGGUGGCAGCGUACCAGGGACCAGUGCACUGCUUUGCAACCAUUGUGCGGACAGAGGGCCUGACAGGACUGUACCGGGGAGCCAGCGCCAUGCUGUUAAGGGACAUCCCAGGAUAUUGCUUCUACUUUAUUCCCUAUGUGUUCCUAAGCGACUGGAUCACACCUGAGGCCUGCACGGGGCCCAGCCCCUACGGAGUGUGGCUGGCAGGAGGCAUUGCUGGGGCAAUUUCCUGGGGGACAGCAACACCGAUGGAUGUCGUGAAAAGCCGAAUCCAAGCUGAUGGGGUCUAUUUAAACAAAUACAGGGGAGUCCUGGACUGCAUCUCCCAGAGUUACCAGCAAGAAGGCUUUAAGGUCUUUUUCAGGGGCAUCACUGUGAAUGCUGUGCGGGGCUUCCCCAUGAGUGCAGCCAUGUUCCUCGGGUAUGAGCUCUCACUGAAGGCACUCCGUGGCGACCACACUGUGAGAAACAAAUGAGCGAUCAGGUCAGUGUGCUUUCUUCCUAGCCAGGGUU